CGGCCCGCCCCCGACUGCGCGUUGGGUUCCGCGCCGGGCGGCACCAGCCGGCGUUGACGUUAGCCAUGGAAACGCGGAGCGGGCCCCGACGCCACCGUGGUAAACUGGUAGCCCGGCCACUACAGCUUCUCCGCCUCCGCGUUCGGACCGCAAGCAGUCUCUCAGCGGGAGCGCCCAACCCGGGUCUGCCUGCAAAAAUGCAGUCCCCGGGAUGCCUUCGCAUCGCCUCUUCUCUUGGGUGACUCGAGAGACUGCUGUGUUACGGAAAAGGAUGUGACUUUCAGAAUAAUCCUGAGUGAGAAGGAUGAGUCCAGAUGUCCCUCUGCUGAAUGAUUACAAACAGGACUUCUUUCUGAAGCGCUUUCCACAGACUGUUCUUGGAGGCCCUCGACUCAAAUUAGGCUAUUGUGCUCCUCCUUACAUAUAUCUUAAUCAGGUUAUCCUUUUUUUGAUGCCAUGGGUUUUAGGUGGAAUAGGAACACUUUUGUACCAAUUAGGCAUCCUGGAAGACUAUUAUACAGCAAUACUUUCAGGUGGACUAAUGCUUUUCACUGCAUUUGUCAUCCAGUUCACAAGUUUACACGCCAGAAACAAAUCGGUAACAGUAGAAAGAAUGCUGACAACAGAUAUCUUAGCAGAAGAAGAUGAGCAUGAAUUUACAAGUUGUGCUGGUGCUGAGACCAUCAAAUUUCUAAUUCCUGGCAAAAAAUAUAUAGCCAAUACAGUUUUUCAUUCUGCUCUUGCUGGGUUAUUGUGUGGUCUUGGAACAUGGUAUUUGCUCCCGAACAGAAUAACCUUGUUGUAUGGCAGUGUAGGAGGCACUGUUCUACUGUUUGUCUUUGGAUGGAUGACGUUAUGUAUUGGAGAAUAUUCAUUAAUUGUAAACACAGCUACAGAGACUGCGACUUUCCAAACCCAGGAUACUUAUGAAAUCACUCCUCUUAUGAGGCCUCUUUAUAUUUUUUUCUUCUUUUCAGUAGAUCUUGCACACAGGUAAUAAGCUAUCAAAUAUUUUAAACUUGCUUUGUUUUUAAGCAUACAUAGUUAAAGCACUCUCCUUAGUAUUAAAAAAAAAAGAGAAUCUGUGAAUUGAAGGUCACCAUACCGUUGGGUGAUAGAUUGUUUUGAUGAUUAAUCUCUUAGGACUAAUCUCUGUUAAACACACAUCCUAAAGCAAUAAUUUAAUCUUAUUGAAGAAUGAAAAAAAAACCUUUUUGUAUGAUAAGAUAAAUAAGCAAAAUUCCAAUCCUGUGUUUUACUUUAAAUAAAGAGCUAUGAAUGUAAAAGAUUGCCUGACUGAAACCUGUGAAAAAAGAUGAAACUCUCCUGUUAGGGGAAAAUGAAGAAUUUAAAGUUUAUACAAAUAAAUAUUAUGCAUAGUUGGAGUGGAUUUAAGAUGAAUAGAAUAACUUACUUAAUUUUGUUAUAGUAACUAUAUAGAAGGAAUCUUGAUUUUUUUAAAAUAUAGAAGAAAUAGAAAAUAGCAAUUUUAAACAAAAUUGUUUGAUAACUCCUUUUGCUUGCCUUUUCUAAAUCUGACUUUUCUCUGUUUCUUUGGAUUGUAGCUUUCUCUUUCACAGGUUAGUGUCCAGAUAGAAAUGUAUAGGUAUGUUAUGGACUGAAUGUUUGUGCCCUCCCCCAUCCCUGUUCCAGAUUCAUAUGUUAAAUCCCUUAGUGUGGUGCUAUUUGGAGGUGGGGUCUUGGGGAGCUAAUUGGGAUAAUGAGGGUGAUGCCCUGGUCUGAUGGAAGUAGUGCCCUUAUAUGAAGAGAGACCAGGGAGCUUGAUUUCUUCUUCCAACAUGUGAGGAUAAAGUGAGAAGGCAGCUGUCUGCAAGCCAGAACAAGAGUUUUAACCAUACUCUGAUCAUGAUGGCACACUGGUCUCAGACUUCCAGCCUCCAGAUCUGUGAGAAAUAAAUUUCUGUUGUUAAGGCCAGCCAGUCCAUGAUAUUUCAUUUUGGCAGCCUCAACUGGCUAAGACAGAUUUUGAUAUGAAAAAGGUUUAUGGUAAAUGUACCAGUUCUACAACAAUUGAAUCAACUUUUACACAUCUUGUUUAUAUUUUUACCCUUUCUGUGGGCGCUCGGGACUCUGCCCCCACCUGAUGCACUUUUCUUAUGGGCAAUGGAGCAGGUUUUAGAGUUUGGCCUUGGAGGCUCAUCUGUGUCAACCCACCUAUGGUUAUUAAUAAUGUUCUUCAUUUCUGCUGGAACAGCUGUAACAUCGUAUUUCAUUCCCAGCACUGUUGGUGUGGUUCUUUUCAUGACUGGACUUGGAUUCUUACUGAGUCUUAAUCUAAGUAAGAUAGGUUUUGUGUUCAAACUCAACGUGAUCAGACACAGAACUGGAACCAAAUCUAAGACUUUACCCAGUUGUUCAGAAAAACAGUUUACUUGGAAGGAAUACCUUUUCUACAUCAUUGUGUUAGUCUUGGCUCUCUUAGAAACUGGUUUGUUGCAUCACUUUGCUGGUAUCUCACAGAUUUCCAAAAACAGUCCCCAGGCUAUUCUUGGCUAUAUUUUGAUGGUAUUAUUUAUAAUACUAUGGAUACUUAAGGAAAUUCAAAAUGUCUAUAUCUUUGGAAUUUUCCGGAACCCCUUCUAUCCAAAGGAUGUGCAGACUGUGACUUUAUUCCUAGAGAAGCAAACAAGGCUCGCGAAGAUUGGUGUUGUCAGACGGAUUUUGCUAAAUCUAGUGUCACCUUUUGCUAUGAUAGCAUUUCUUUCAUUGGACAGUUCCUUGCAAGGGCUUCACUCUGUGUCUGUCUCCAUUGGAUUCACAAGAGCUUUUAGAAUGGUAUGGCAGAAUACAGAAAAUGCUUUAUUGGAGACAGUCAUUGUAUCAGCAGUGCACUUGUUGAUCUCUAGUACAGAUAUAUGGUGGAACAGAAGCCUGGAUACAGGAAUCAGACUCUUACUGGUUGGUAUCAUGCGUGAUCGUCUGAUUCAGUUCAUCUCUAAAUUGCAGUUUGCUGUGACUGUGCUUUUGGCAUCAUGGACAGAGAAAAAACGUAGAAAAUCAACCACCAGUUUAUGUAUACUCAAUAUUGUCUUCUCUCCAUUCGUGUUGGUCUUAAUAGUUUUUUCUACACUACUCUCAUCUCCCUUACUCCCUCUGUUCACCCUUCCUUUGUUCUUGGUGGGGUUUCCUCGACCUGUUCAGAGUUGGCCAGGAGUAGUGGGCACAACAGCCUGUGUGUGUGCAGAUACAGUGUACUACUACCAGAUGGUCCCGAGUUUGACCACUGCACUACAGUCUGCAAUGGCGGCUGGAAGUUUAGGUCUCCUCUUACCUGGGUCUCAUUACUUGGGCCGUUUUCAGGAUCGUUUAAUAUGGAUAAUGAUUCUAGAAUGUGGCUAUACUUAUUGCUGUAUUAACAUUAAGGGGUUAGAAUUGCAAGAGACGUCCUGUCAUACUGCUGAAGCUCGAAGAGUUGAUGAAGUUUUUGAAAGUGCCUUUGAGCAAGAAGAAUAUGCAAGAGUAUGUUCCAUAAAUGAACACUUUGGAAAUGUCUUGACACCUUGUACUGUUUUGCCAGUGAAACUCUAUUCUGAUGCCAGGAAUGUUUUGUCUGGCAUAAUUGAUUCUCAUGAUAACUUAAGAGAAUUUAAAGGUGACCUUGUUAAAGUACUUGUGUGGAUACUUGUUCAGUACUGUUCCAGAAGGUCCAGCAUGCAGGAGAAUGUUCACAAAAUUGAAAAUAAAGGGAAAGCAUCUCUAAUAGUUCUGCCUGCUUUGAAUACUCCACCGCAAACUGAAUCCCCAGAAGACACAGACAGUUUAAAUUCAGAAACUUUGGAUGACUGGUCUGAUGAUGUUUUUGGUGACGAACCAACUAUCAAAAAAGGAAGAGAAAAAGAUCAGUUGAAAAUUUUGCCAGGUAUAGAUUUGCCUAUUCCAGGAUCAGUAGAAUCACAGAGGGUUGGUAAUCAUUCUACAGGCACAGUUACUGAAAAUAGUCUUUACAAAGCAAUUGUAUUGGGAUACCCUGCUAUUGACAAAGGAAAACAAGAAGACAUGGCAUAUAUCCCUCUCGUGGAGUUCAGUUGUUCUCAUUCCCACUUGUUAAGCUUACCUGAAGAGUGGAUGUCUAACUGUUUGCCUAAUUCCAAAGUGAAGGAGAUGAGCUCAUUAUUUCCGGAAGACUGGUACCAGUUUGUUUUAAAGCAGUUGGAAUGUUUCCGUUCAGAAGAAAAUGCCUCAGUUGUUGUGGAAGAAAUUGCAAAGGACAGAGUUUUAAAAGACUUUUAUGUUCAUGCAGUAAUGACUUGUUAUUUUAGUUUAUUUGGAGUAGACAAUAUGAUUCCUAGUCCUGGUCAUAUAUUGAGAGUUUACAGUGGUGUUUUGCCUUGGUCUGUUGCCUUGGAUUGGCUCACAGAAAAGCCAGAAUUGUUCCAACUAGCACUGAAAGCUUUCAGGUAUACUCUGAAACUCAUGAUUGAUAAAGCAAGUUUAGGUCCAGUAGAAGACUUUAAAGAGCUGACUAACUGCCUUGAAGAAUAUGAAAGUGACUGGUAUAUUGGUUUGGUAUCUGAUGAAAAGUGGAAAGAAGCAGUUUUACAAGAAAAACCUUACUUGUUUUCUCUGGGGUAUGAUCCUCAUAUGGGAGUUUACACUGGGAGAGUACUUACCCUUCAAGAAUUACUGAUCCAAAUCGGGAAGUUAAACGCUGAAGCUGUUAGAGGUCAGUGGGCCAAUCUUUCAUGGGAAUUGCUUUAUGCCACAAAUGAUGAUGAGGAGCGUUACAGUAUACAAGCUCAUCCACUUCUCUUAAGAAACCUUACAGUACAAGCGGCUGAUCCUCCCCUGGGAUAUCCAAUUUAUUCUUCAAAACCUCUCCAUAUACGUUUGUUUUAGAGCCCAUUUUGACUUGUAAAUGUAUUAUCAUCAAAUGAGAUGUUUUUAUUUUUUCACUCUAGAAAAGUAACAGUGUGAUUCCUCAUAACUUCACUGGACUUCCCUCUCUCCUUCCACAAGUCACAUGCCUGAGAAAAGCUAAGCUCUGUAGAGUUGAUUCUCUUAGAUAUCUCAGUGGUUUAAAACAACAACUUUAUGUCUAACAUAAAAGUUAGAACUAGUUGGCCAAUAUUUGUGCCCUAUAGAUUGUGGUAGGCUUUGGUAAUGUAAAGCAUUUGUAUGAGAUUAGAUAGUUUUUUAAUGCUUUCUUAAUAAGUGACUUGCCUUAGAGGUGUCAACAGCUAUGUAAUUUUUACAUACUUAAAAGAUACACAUAUUGUUUUUAAGAUGCUAAUGGAUCCUAUUGAAGGUUACAUAAUGUAUAUAUAUUUAUUUCAAAUAUAAUUAAAUUUUAUAGUAUUUUCAAACU